UCCUCACGUUUUGGUUGUGAAUACCGGAUUUUCAUUCUUCAACCCAUUGCGCAUUGCUUGGAUAGAGAUGGUCUUCUUUCCUCCUCGCAGCUUCCCUCCGCUGCCUUUGAUACCAGAUGAUGUCGCAAUAUGCGAUUUUAUGCUAGACGAAAGAUACGGACGAUUCUCCCUCAGCGAGUCACAAAAUCCAUUUACGUGUGGUCUUAGCGGAAAAUCAUAUUCGUGGCUAGAAGUGAGGAACCGUGUCGAUUACCUCUCACGUGCUCUUUCCAAAGAGUUCAAUUGGCAUCCUAAUCGAGGGACGGAGUGGGACAAGGUUGCUGCAUGCUUUCUCUUGAAUACGAUUGAUAAUCUUUCGCUAUUCUGGGCCAUCCAUCGACUGUGCGGUGUAGCAACCCCUGCGAACGCUGCAUACUCUGCUGCCGAGUUGACCUAUCAACUGAAAGACUCCAAAGCUACCGCAUUAUUCACAUGCGUUCCACUUUUAGAGACUGCAUUGACAGCUGCAAAACAAGCCGGUAUUCCUCAGAAUCGCAUCUACCUUGUUGAUUUGCCUUUGGAAUUUGUGGGCAACGCAAAAGCCCCUCCGCAGUUCAAGACCCUUGAACAACUUAUAGAGACCGGCAAGUCACUGCCGAAAGUUGAGCCCUUGAAGUGGGGACCAGGACAGGGAGUGCGGACGACUGCAUUUGUGUGUUACUCGAGUGGAACGUCGGGUCUCCCUAAAGGUGUUAUGAUAUCACAUCGUAAUGUCAUUGCUAAUUCCAUUCAAAUCUGCACCUUCGAAGGCACGUUUCGUCCGACUACAGACACACCAUAUCAUGAAGUUGUACUGUGUCUUUUGCCUCAGAGUCACAUCUAUGCACUGGUUUACAUGUGCCAUGCUGUGCCUUACAGAGGUGACGGCGUUAUUGUGCUUCCCAAGUUCGAUAUCAACACGUUCCUAAACUCUAUCCAGAGAUUUCGUAUCAAUAUUCUCUUCCUAGUACCUCCAAUCAUUAUCACGAUGUUGCGGAAUCAGGAAUUGAUGAAAAAGUACGACCUGUCAAGCGUCACCGCGAUAUUCACUGGAGCCGCACCUCUCGGAGCCGAAACCGCCAAAGAAUUGCACAGUAUAUUCCCUGACUGGGCGAUAAGGCAAGGAUACGGCCUGACUGAAACUGCCACUGUUGUAUGCGCCACAACAAACAACGAUAUCUGGUUUGGUUCCAGUGGUAAUUUCCUACCAGGGGUCGAAGCAAGACUUGUUUCUCCAGACGGCAACGAGAUUCUUGAAUACGAUACCCCUGGUGAGCUCGUGAUCCGGUCUCCAAGCGUAGUGCUAGGGUACUUGCACAACGAAAAAGCUACAAAGGAGACUUUUCGGGAUGGGUGGAUGUUCACUGGAGAUGAGGCUGUGAUUCGAGUUGGGCCUAAAGGGACAGAACAUAUGUUCAUUGUGGACCGAAUCAAGGAGCUCAUCAAAGUCAAGGGAUUACAAGUUGCACCUGCCGAGCUUGAAGCUCACUUACUCGAGCAUCCAUUGGUAGCUGAUUGUGCGGUAAUCGCAGUCCCCGACGAGGCCGCUGGCGAAGUUCCCAAAGCAUUUGUUGUGAAAUCACCAUCAGCAACCCAGGAUGAUACCUCUAUUAUACAGGCAAUCAAGAAACAUGUAGAAGAUCACAAGGCACGACACAAAUGGUUGAAAGGGGGCGUACAAUUUCUGGAGGUUAUCCCAAAAAGUCCUAGUGGUAAGAUCUUGCGACGAUUACUGAGAGACCAGGAAAGAGAGGCAAGAAAGAGAGCAGGCAGCAAGCUGUGAUCAUGUAUUACACAGGUGAGAGGCUGUAUCUAUCGUUUGGCUUCCUCUAGGCUCUAGAUUUCACAUUACUCCUGUUUUUGGAAAUUCUGCGAUUUUGUAGAGUGGAUACGCGAAAUUUAGUUUUGAUUGGCUGCGCCGG